AAAAGCCAUACCGAUGUUAUGCAUAUUACAGUUUAGUCCUAGAUAUUCUUGCCUUAGAUCUUCAUUAAGUUGUUAAUAACAGCAAUUUUGCUUCAGCUGGAUCUAAGAAUAGUUUUCUAGCUACCCUCACAUCUGCAACAAAAUUAUAUUGGAGUCUAAGCAGAAAGUGAUCUUCAUCAACCAUGUCUGAUGGAAAAGGAAAGUUUCCUCCACAGAAGCAAAAUGAGCAGCCAGGCAAAGAACAUGUCAUGGAUCCCACACCAAGGGCUGCUAGACAAUCCUAUAAGCCUGCUGAUAAACUGAGGGGAAAAGUAGCCUUGGUGACUGGAGGAGAUUCUGGCAUAGGAAGAGCAGUAUGCUACCAAUUUGCUAUGGAGGGAGCAACUGUUGCAUUUACUUAUGUGCCAGUGAAAGAAGAUAAGGAUGCUUCAGAUACAAUAAACAUGCUGAGAGAAGUUAAGACUGGUCAUGCAAAAGAACCCAUUAAAAUCCCUGUUGAUGUGGGGUUUGAUGAGAAUUGCAAGAAGGUUAUAGAUCAAGUAGUGAAAGCAUUUGGGUGCAUUGAUAUUCUGGUGAACAAUGCAGCAGAGCAACAUCCUGUGCCUAACAUUGAAGAUUUGCAGCCUGAUCAGCUAGAGCGUGUGUUCAGAACAAAUAUAUUUUCCAUGUUCUAUAUGGUUCGCCAUGCACUGAAGCAUAUGAAAGAGGGAAGCAGCAUUAUCAACUCCACCUCUGUGAAUGCAUACAAAGGCAAUGCAACUCUUUUGGAUUACACAUCAACAAAGGGAGCCAUAGUUGCAUUUACCAGAGGGCUGUCUCUGCAACUUGUCAACAGGGGAAUUCGAGUUAAUGGAGUGGCACCAGGUCCAAUUUGGACUCCUUUAAUACCAGCCUCUGUAACUGAUGAGAAGAGUACUGAGGGCUUUGGACAGCAGGUGCCAAUGGGCAGAGCUGGACAGCCUGAUGAAGUGGCUCCAUCCUAUGUUUUUCUUGCAUCAGAAGAUUCAUCCUAUUUCACUGGCCAAGUGCUUCAUCCCAAUGGUGGAGUUAUUGUCAAUGCAUGAGUUGAUACUGUGACCUAAAGAAGUAUAUCAGAAAAGCUUCAUGCUAUGGUAUAAUAGGUCAAUCAUUUUGUAAUAUUGUGAAUGCAUGGGAUGAAUUUCAGCUGAACAUACAUACUCUUAUGUAAAGAGCUGUAAUUUACAUAAGAGCUGUAAUUUUGUAACGAAGCACUUGUUUUCAAUCUGCUAUAAGGUUAGAUACUCUUUAGUGACUUGAUCAUAUAUGUUUAAAUGCAUGAAAAUGAUGUAUAUGUAAAUAUAGCAGUCUCUUUAUUUUGACAUAAGAAUGACACGCAUGUAAAGAUGGCAGUCUCCCUGAUAUCAACUAUUUCCUUAAUAAAAAUUAGAUUUUGAUCA